AUGACUAACUCAACCACCAUUACGCCCCCAUUGAUUAUGGGCCACAGAGGUUUUAAAGAAAAUGAAACCCCUGAAAACUCCCUGUUAGCCUUUAAAAAAGCAUAUCAAACCGGUUCUGUUGACAUUAUAGAAACAGACGUCCAAUUGACUUCAGAUGGUGAAGUCAUUAUAUGUCAUGAUGGCACUACUGGUAGGAUGUAUUCCAAGGAUUUAAUUAUUUCACAAACCUCACUUGAGGACAUCACAAGCGAUACCGUGCAUAUCAGAGAACACCCAACUUUAAAGAUCUUAACUUUAAAACAAUUAUUGCAAUGGAUGAUCUCUUUGGAUGAUAGUAACAGUUCAAAGUUGAAAUUACUAUUAGACAUCAAAUUUACCCUUGAUAAAAUAGUUUUAAUCAAGAUUUACAGAACUAUGAUGGAUUUGAAACCUAACAGGGAAUAUUGGACGAGUCGUAUUAUGUUUGGUAUUUGGAACCUUGAUUGGUUUGAAUUUGGUUAUAAGAGUAAUAUUUUCAAUCAAUUCGAUGUAGUUAAUAUCACAUUGAAUAUGUCAACUCCAAUACAAAUAAUUAAUUAUGUUCAACAGGAAAGAAACAAUAACCCGCAUUCUUCUUGUAAGUUGUUUGGUGUUAGCAUUCAUUUUGCAUCCACUUGGACUGACGUUUUCCAAAAACAAUUGCUGCCACUGUUAUUAGCCAACAAUAUUAAAUUGAUUUUGUGGACUGUUAACGAAUUAAAAUACAUCGAUUAUUAUGUUCCAAAGUCGGUUAUCUAUGCUAUUUGUACCGACAAACCUUUAACCUUUCACAACAUACUGUUGAAAAAGGAGGCAAUUAAUCUGACCGAAAUAAAACCAUGGCGUUAUUUUGAUUUUAAAUUAAACUUUAUUUAUUGGAUUUAUUGGUUCUUAACCAAUUACAUUUUCACUGACUUUGGUACUAAGACUUUGAUUUCAUUCAGAGGUAAUAAUGUAUCUAUAUUAUCUCUUUUCAUUGCUUUUUGUAAAGCUGUUCACUUUCUAUAA